AUACAUUUCGGCUUCCGUACUGGCUCUGAGUGAGCUUCGUUCAAGGCUGCACGUCUUAUCUAGCACGUCAGUCACGCUGCGGGUACGGUUCCAGAUUCACAUCGAGAAAAAUGAUACAAUUACGCGCUAUUUACCGGAAAGCGUUACGUCACGCAGAACACUUUCUGUCUGUGAAAAACCGACUUACGCCCAGGGCAUCAAUCUUCACCGGACCGCAGCAGCAGCAUGAAACCUUCUAUGAGUUCCGCACAUAUAACAUCCAGCCGCAUCUCAACGCUGCCUUCCUCAAACUGACCAAUGAGAAGAUCCAACUGCGUACAGCCCACUCAGAGCUCAUCGGAUACUGGAGUGUGGAAUAUGGGGGUCUCAAUCAGGUUUUCCACAUCUGGAAGUAUGACAGCUAUGCCCAGCGUGCAUCUGUGCGGGCAGCCCUGGCUCAGGACCCCAGCUGGAUUGAUCAGUACAUCUCUAAAGCGAUGCCCAUGCUGAGCUCUCAGCAUAAUGAGGUGACGUACCUCGUACCCUGGAGCAAACUUCAGAAGCCACCCAAAGAUGGAGGAGUUUUCGAGCUGGCCACCUUCCAGAUGAAGCCGGGCGGUCCGGCGGUGUGGGGUAAGGCAUUUCAGGCAGCAGUGGGCACCCACAUGGGAUCAGGAUACGCCCACUCAGUUGGGGUUUUUCACUCUGAAUUUGGACAGCUCAAUCAAUGUGAGUUGCAUGUUUUAUGGUGGUAUGAGAGUGCAGACCAGCGGGCAGCAAUACGCCAUAAAUCUCAUGGAGAUGCCAGAGUGGUGGCGGCAGUAAGGGAGAGUGCAGCGUACCUGGUGUCACAGAAGAACAAACUCAUGUUCCCCUGUUCUUUCUCACCAAUCAAAUAACAUGACCUCAUGGUUUGACUUCAAAAUCAGGGAAAUGUGGAGUGAGAUUUCAUUUAUGCAAAAUGUAAAUGAAAUAAGUGGACUGAUAAACUGAUUUAAUAGCAAGUUCCUUUAAGUUUUUGCAGAUGAUCAAAUAAUGAUUGUGGGUCAAAAUAAUGCUUUGCAUCACAUUAAGACUAAAAACACUAGUUUAUCAAGUUAAUCAAGUCUUAAGAUAAUUAAGAUAUUAAUCAUUAGUGUUAUGCAAAAUUUCUUAUCAACAAUAAAUGCUUCCAUGGCAAUAAAUGAA